GCCGCGGCCUCCUCCUCCCCGUACCUCGACUACUCCUCGGCCGCCGCGGCCGCGGCCUACGCGGCCCAGUACAACGCCGCCGUGGCCGCCGCCGCGGCCUACGAGCCCUACCCGUACGUGGCGUCGCCGGGCUACGCCGUGGCCGGCUACGGCUACGUGCCCCAGGGGGCGGGCGCGAUGAUCGCGGCCGGCGGAGGGGUCUCCCCGCCGGCGCCGUCCCCCGCCGCCGGAGGGGGGCCCCAGGCCUCGGCCUACGCGGCGGCGUUCCAGGGCGCGCACCACCUGCAGGGCGACCGCCUCUGAGCGGCCGCGGUGUGGGUUGGGGGGGGGGGUUCGUAGUCGCGGUGUGCCGCGUGGUCGUGUGAGAGUGGGGGAGUUGCGCGGGGUGAGGUGGUGCAGGAGGAUGCGGUGCUGAGUGGGAUUGCCGGUGCCGGCGGUGGCAAGGUCGGCGGCCUCUGCUGAGGAGGAGGAGGUUCGUGAAGGACGCUGCUGCUGCUGCUGGGGGAACUUGGAGGCAGUCGCCCUCCAGCAACAACGGAGGGCGGAGAAUAGCCACGCUCACAACAACGAGCGGAGCGCGGGGCGGAUAAAGCGCAGCGAGUUGGCGCGGUAGGGGGAGCGCAGCCGGUCACCUCAGUCAACUCAACCCACGGCACCUGCUGGGGUCUGCCCUGUGACCUCCUGCCAGCGAGCCUUCAACACUGCACGUAGCCUCAAAGUGCACCUAGCCUGGCACAAACACGGUGGUGACGUCACCGCCACGAAGUGGCGAAUUGUUCGGGAUAAAUAAGCAAUUCAAUUGUAUCACAACUACUACCACGUUGCCUAACUAAAAACAAUAAUUUAAACUUUUUUUGGUUAUUUUAUCAGGUAAGGCCCCACUGAGCUACGUAGCCCUUUUUCAAAAGCGACUCAGCUAUCACACGUGACAGCUCAACAAAGUGGCUUACCACGUGGACAUUUACAGCAGCCAAAUACUCUAAACGCGUCUUUGUAAAUGUGGAGGGAAAAUCCAAUGGGAGAGAGAGAGACAUGCAAACUCCAAAUACACAGCAGGCGUCAGAGUAGGGAUUGAAAUCAAGGCCUUCUGCGUACCAGGCGAGGGAGUUAACAUCUCGCCACCGUGGCGCCCAAAUACGGCCUCAUUGUACCUGGCUACGACCACCCGCCGUUGUAAGGUAGCCUUGUGCGUGUGCUCGUUUUGGGCGGUUACAUCUGACCACAGGUAAGGAGAGUGACCCCGUGUCUCAAUGUGGAACCAACGACCCAGGGGGCAGUAGCCAUCGCCACGUGUUCGUCACAACGGCCUCGCGACGUCACAAUAGACGCCCGGGUCUGAGCCAAUCGGCACUCAGCGGCUGAACCGGAAGCAGAUCACCUCGCUUUCUGGAAUUGCGCGUGUUGUGUCUGCGUGGGGCGCGGUCGUGUAGCGGUUAGCGCGCUGCGCUACGAACCCGGCAACCAGAGUUUGAUUCCCGCUCGCUGCUACCGACGCCAGUGACGAUUCGGUCGACUUG